ACUGGUUGAAAGGGGCGGGUCGGGAUGGAGAGGUCUAGCUGAUCCACAAGCUAUGCUGAAGUUUCAAGAGGUAGCUCACUGGAGUGGAAUGGUCUGCUCCCACAACAAUGCCAUGUGUUGACAGCAGAGUGCUCGGACAGGGUGACCCACAUAGAGGUUCAUAGAUGUGACGUGGGUCAGGCAGUGCCCCUCCCAGCCUGGGCCCUCUUCAUGUCCUUUCCUUAAAGGCAAUGAUUAUCGUCUUAGACACUCUGCACAUCUCCACUGUGUGAAUGAAUCUUUGCCGUAAAGCUGCUGUGCUGUGCCACCCUGUCACCAUGAAGAGCAAGUAUUCCCAAUACUACAAUCAGAGCCUGAUCCACUCCUACUAUGCCUUUGCUAAGAACAUGACUGCUCAGGAGCUCGAUACACUUAUUGAGAAUAAAAAGCAGCUGACCACCCUCAACAUUGUCAUCGUGGUCCUCUGCACCAUCAUCAUACUGGAGAAUCUGCUGGUCCUUAUUGCUGUCUUCCGCAACAAGAAGUUUCACUCUGCAAUGUUUUUCUUCAUCGGUAACCUGGCAUUCUCUGACCUGCUGGCAGGCUCGGCCUACAUAGCCAACAUUUUCCUGUCAGGGUCCAAGACCUUCGAAUUGAUUCCUGUGCAGUGGUUCAUCCGGGAGGGAACGGCGUUUAUCGCUUUGGCAGCUUCGGUCUUCAGUUUGCUGGCGAUAGCUACGGAGCGCUAUAUUGCCAUUACAAAGGUGAAGGUGUACGGCUCCACCAAAACGUGCCGCAUGUUCCUUCUGAUAGGAGCUUGUUGGUUCACCUCCAUCCUGCUCGGAGGACUUCCCAUCAUGGGCUGGAACUGCAUCAACAACCUCCCUGAAUGCUCAGCUGUAUUGCCACUCUACUCCAAGAAAUACAUCCUCUUCGUUGUCACCAUUUUCAGCCUCAUUCUACUUUCUAUUGUCAUCCUCUAUGUGAGGAUCUAUUUGAUUGUACGAUCAAGCCACCAUGAAGCAACCAACUCCCCGGCCUAUGCUCUUUUGAAAACUGUCACUAUAGUGCUGGGUGUCUUCAUCAUGUGCUGGUUGCCCGCUUUUACCAUCCUCCUCCUGGAUUCAUCCUGCAGGAUACAGUUCUGCCCGAUCCUCUCCAAAGCAGACAUCUUUUUUGGUUUUGCCACUCUGAACUCAGCGCUUAACCCUGUGAUCUACACACUGCGCAGCAAGGACAUGAGAAAGGAGUUCCUGCGUGUGUUGUGCUGCUGGGGGGUGCUGCAGAGUGGGCGGCCAUCUGACCGUUGUCUGGUUCCUCUAAAGAGCUCCAGCUCUCUGGAACACUGCACCAACAAAUACGAACACCAGAACACACCAAUCAUGAAAGAUUGUACCACCUGUGUCUGAAAAGCUGCACCACAUCAGAGUGGUUGAGUGCAUGUAAGGAAGCAGGUGUGUUUAUAUGAGAUCAAAAAGAAAGGCCGUGAUGUGAUCAAGAGACGUAAAUAAAGAAGCGACCAAACUGUGUACGUUGAUGCCUGGGAAAGCUACAAUGUAGACGUUUCCUUAUUACAAUCAGAAUUGUUUGAAUUCACAAUCAGCAUUAACUUGGUGGCAGCCGGUGUAAAAACACAAUGCUUCAAGAGGGAGACAAUUCAGUGGGGAGAACUAUCAGAAAUGUGAAAAUAGCUUUUUCAUGGGUACUCAAACUUGUUGCAAAGCAUUUAGUUGUAUAUGACUGUCACCUUUUUUCUACACAUGUUAACCCCUAUUGAAAGCCAAAAA